GCAAAAUACUCCAAUCAUGUUCACAUUAAAUGUCAUCCGUAACUGUUCAACCAAUGGAUUGUCAUCAUCAAAAUAUAUUCCUAAGGUUGAUUCACCUUCUAACAUGACCAUAUCAAACCCGAGAUAGAAUUUUGAAUUUAACUAAGGGUCUGUUUAUUUGAAAGAAAAUUGUUUUCGGUAAAUUGUUUUCUGACAAUCCAGUGUUUGGAUGACGGAAAAUGGAUCUACGAAAACAUUUUUCACGAAUUGAAAACAAUAAGCUUAGAUGGGGGAAAAUAGCUUCAGUCAGAUUGGGUCACAAAUUCAAAUUGUAACUCAGUUUCACUUAAAUGGAAUUUGAGGAAUUCAAUCAUACACAAAAGAAAUCAUUAAAGUUUCGUCUGUGAAUAAUUCAAAUAAGGUGACUGAUUUGGUGGUUUUUGCCUUAUUUAUAGGAGUAUGUUUGUCGACACAAGCAGAACUUUGGACUUUAUGGUUGGGAUUCAACUUUGCAAAACAAUUUAGUUUUCAUAAGAUCAUCAUUGGGAUUAACUCUUAAAUCAUUACUGAUUUUGGUAGUCCAGAUCUUAUAAUUGAUAAUGCUAGCCCUACUUUACUUAAAAUAUCAGAAGACUGCUGGGCUCUCAUUUUGAGUUUAAAGUGCAGUAUAACUUUCGUGAAGGAAAUAGCUCUGCUGACCAGCUUGCUAAUCUUGGAAUCGAUAAACGCUUGGAUACUAGUGUCUUUCAAUUACUUCCUAUUUCAUGUAGAUUUACAACAUUAAAUUUUUAUAUUCAACUUUAGCCCCUUUUCAUACAGAAAAAAAGUUUUUACUCUGAAAUCCAAUGAAAAUAGACAGAAACGAAAUAGAUAGCUGGGCAGUGGUUCAACGCCGAACCUAUCUACUUAGGUGGGCCACUGACCCAGAAAAGUAAACUUAAUGUCUCUGGGCCAUCGCUCCACGUGUCAAAUAGUACAUUGAUAAGAAAAGAUGCCGUGCAAGGUACGAGGACCAUUACGCUUUCCCUUAGGAAUUUUCUGAUAUUUGACUGGAUCUACAGACAUGUCAAGCUUGAAAACUGAACAGAGCAAAAUUGUUAAUGCCCAAAACAAGUAGGUUAAUGCGUAUCCCACAGACAAGGCUUUUGUAGUGGACUGGGAGAGUUCAUUUGGCUUUGCCCUUUGCUCAAUCCUCGCCUAAGUACUGAUGGGCAUUGCUGAUGUGAACUGAUGUUGUAGCCAACCUCGGAAAAAUCAGUCCAAAGAAAGCACAUGGUCUUCCUUGAAAAGUCUUCUUGGAUUGAGAAUUUCUCAGGUCCUCACGUCUCCAAUCGCAUCAUAUAAACCACCACUUGGUAGCUUCACUUGUCAUCAAGACAAGUGGUGAUGCUUCAGUAUUGCAUUCUUGCAGCUUUCAUAUUCUUCUUUGUCCUCUUCCUUUACUCGAUCGAGAAACUUGUCAAGUUGAGGGCGCGCGCGAAUCCUAGUCUCCCUCCAGGAAGCCUAGGAUGGCCACUCAUCGGCGAGACUCUGGAGUUCCUCCGAGCGGGACGACUAGGAGAGCCCGAACGGUUCAUCAGGGAGAGGAUGGACAGGUACGAUGCGAGGGUCUUCAAGACGUCCCUGCUUGGGGAGCCGAUGGCCGUCUUCUGUGGGACUGCGGGGCACAAGUUCUUGUUCGGCAACGAGAACAAAGCCGUCAAGGUCUGGUGGCCGAGCACUGUGCAGAAGCUGUUCCGGUCAAGCCUGGUCAACGCUGCAGGUGAGGAUGCCAAGUCCCUGAAGAGGAUACUCAUGAACUUUUUCCAUCCUGAGGCGCUCAAGAGGUACAUUGAGAGGAUGGACAUGAUCACCCGACACCACCUUGACACGCACUGGGAACGAAGAGAAGAAGUGCGACUUUAUCCGAUGCUUAAGGUCUACACUUUCGAAUUGGCCUGUCGCAUCUUCACCAGCACCGAUGACCGUACACGAGUUUCAACCCUGGCCGCCCUAUUCGAUGUUUUCAUAAAUGGAGUUGUGAAUUUGCCUAUAAGUUUCCCUGGAACGGCAUUCUACUGUUCAACCAGGGCCGCCAGUCGAAUCCGGGAAGAGAUUCGAUCGAUUGCUAGGGAGAGAAAAUUAGCUCCAUGGGAAAAAAAGGCGAUGCCUGACCAAGAUCUUUUGUCCUUCUUGCUCACUUCUGCCGACGCUAAUGGACGGUUCUUGAGUGAGAUGGAGAUCAUUGACAACAUACUCCUAAUACUAUUCGCUGGGCACGACACCACAAGAUCCGCCAUCACGCUGUUCGUGAAGUAUCUGAGUGAUUAUCCUGAAGUCUACGAAAAGAUUUGCAAAGAGCACGAAGAUAUUGCCAAAUCGAAAGAACCGGGGCGGUUGCAGUGGGAGGAUGUGCAGAAGAUGAGGUACUCAAUGAAUGUGGUCGCGGAAGUUUUGAGGCUGAUGCCACCAGUGACCGGUGCAUUCCGAGAGGCCCUGGUCAAUUUCACAUAUGCUGGUUAUACCAUUCCUAAAGGAUGGAAGCUAUAUUGGACUACUGGUUCGACACAUAAAGAUCCAGUACUUUACCCGAAUCCUGAAAAGUUCGAUGUGUCGAGAUUCGAAGGAUCAGGAUCGAACCCUUUCUCGUACGUACCGUUUGGAGGGGGGCCAAGGAUGUGCUUGGGGCAUGAAUUUGCCAGGAUUCAAAUCCUUAUAUUUCUGCACACUAUGGUGACAAGAUUCAAGUGGAAUUUGGCGAUCCCGGAUGAAGCAAUUGGUUAUGAUCCCAUGCUUUCGCCACAACAGGGGCUUCCGCUCUGUCUUCUACCACAUAGACUGUGAAACAGACGCUAAGUCUAUCAUCUUCAACUGCUAGUGAACCUCUAGUCUAGUUACCGAACUCCGAGAUGAAUUAUCUGAAUUUUGAAGAUGCAGGUCGUCUUCUUGGGCAUAUAAGCUCGAAUAUGUAAAUCAAUAAGGGUCAAUAUCACACUGACCAAUGCAAUACUAUCAUUUCUAUCUGGAAACUGUGCUCUUUACACUUUCCCUGUGAGGUAUGUGCAGAGUUAUGAUCUCCUAAUGUAGGAGUUCUAGUAAGUCGGAGAAGGUUAAAUAUUUUUGCUCUUUCAUUAUAUUUGGUGGCAAGGAUCGAACUACGUAU